GUUUAUUUGAGAUACAAAACUUACGAUACCUAAUUCUAUACGAAAAUUCUAUUCAUCUCAUCGAUGGCAAUGCUUUAACAAACCUUCACCCAUUUUCUAAAAUCCUUAUUGAAAACAAUAAGCUGCAAUGUAAUUGUUAUAUGAUGCCAUUUAUAGAAUGGUUACUGAAUCGUCCUGACAGUGAACGGGGUAUUACUGUGAUGCAUGAUGAAUUUUGUGCAGCACCAGAAAAACGAGAACAUGAGAAGAUAAUCAAGGUAAAUAUACCAUGGGUGGAAUGUAAUAGAGAUCUGUUCAUUAAUAGGUGUAUCCUCUGUGGAACUGCUUUGGUGCUAGUCAUUGUCCUUGUAAUUGGAUUGGUAAAGUAUCUUUGGAAGGAUAUCAAAUACAGACAAAUGGUACGAAGAGCUAGAAAACACAAUGGAUACAUUCCUAUAGACGGCUUUGAAAGUGAAAUAUAUGACGCAUUCGUCAGUUACCACCCAGAGAAGAGAAUCUGGGUACAAGAUGUUAUGACGCCUGAAUUAGGAAAAGGAGACUUAGAAUUCACAUUGAUGUAUGACAUUAAUAUUCUUCCCACUGGAAGUGAAUCUUAUUUCAGUGGUAUAUUCACACACAUGGACCGUAGUCGACACGUUAUCUUUCUCGUGACGCGAGGUUGGAUGAAAGAGGGCAUGAAUGAAUUUGAGAUGGAAGCUGCAAUAGAUUUACUUAAACAAAGCAAGAGGCAUACGCUCAUAGUGAUAAUGAUGGAGAACAUACCACAGAAGGAGAUGUCAGAGACUUUGAAACUGAUGGUAAGAAACAACUUCUGUCUGAAGUGGAGUGAGAAUGAGAAAGAACAAAGACAUUUUUGGAGAGAUCUCAAGUUGGAGCUUGGUAAGAAAAAGUACAUGAAUUAACAUUAAUACCAGCGUUCACAAUUAUACGAUGAAUGCAUGAAUGAAUUACUGUCAGUAUGC